UCACAUCACACAAAUCAAACCUAGCAUUUCCCACAGCGCCACCGCCGACGAGCUUCUUCUUCUCCUUUCCUCACCCACAGCGCCACCGCCGGCCACUCUAACCGCCGCAGCUACUUUCUCCUUCUUCUCCUCUUCUUUAAACACGGAACCAGUAGAAUACAGCCCCUGUGUCUCUCGUUCGCAGAACAAAGCAAGCUCAAGCUCCACCACCGCCGUGCCUCUCUCUCCUUUUAUCCCCUUCAGUUCUGGCUCGCAUACCUUCGCGCAAGCCCUAGCUCCGUGGCGACUAAAAUCGGUUCCACCGUCAGCCGCGGUUCCACCUCUCUCUUGCCCCCUGUUCGAACCGAUAUGGUGCGUGAACUAGGGUUUUGGUUUUGUGGCAGUGGUUGUUCAUCGGAGAGCCACUGGCGAUGCUCCUAUUCUCAAGCAUUCUAAAUUCAAGUAUUAGUUUGGGAGGGAACUUGACAAUGGUGGAUCUUCCUGGUAUAACUAGGGUUCCUGUUCAUGGCCAGCCUGAAAAUAUCUAUGAUCAGAUCAAGGAUAUUAUCAUGGAGUAUAUUAGGCCUGAAGAGAGCAUUAUUCUGAAUGUUCUUUCUGCUACCGUUGAUUUUACUACUUGUGAAUCCAUAAGAAUGUCUCAGUCUGUGGAUAAAACUGGUUUGAGAACCUUGGCUGUUGUAACAAAGGCUGAUAAGUCUCCUGAAGGCUUGUUGGAAAAGAGGCUAGUUCAAGUUCAAGGCAUGAUCAUAUCCAAAACUCUGCCCGAAAUUGUGAAGAAAAUCAAUGAGAAGCUGACUUACAAGCUGACUUAAUUUCACCAAGAUGCUCAACCAGAAGUUCUCCCUCAAUCACGGCGUUUCGAUGGGGUCUACUGAGAUCCCUUCUCAGUCAACGGAGACUAUUAAGAUUCCUACCGCUAACUAUGAGUUUGGUGCAACCUUCAUUGAUCAUCCCAAGGUGCUUUUCCCCCCUCUGAUUUUGCUUAGUUUCGUUUCAUUGUUGUAAGUUCCAACACUCAUUGACGAUGAUAUUAUUGUGCUUGGUGUUGGGGAGAAUAUUGACUAAUGGAAGGCUCAAUGCAAGAGUCAAGUGCGACGUCUCUGAAAAUCUCACUCUUAAAGCCAAUGCUCAGAGGAGUCUCAAUGCACAACAUAAACAGUCGUCUUAACAUGAUGAACAAAAACAGAGAGAUAUCCCUUUGUGGACUGAAAAUGAGGGCUGUUCAGCUUUCAACAGAUCACAGCACAAGUAUUGAAGAGGAAGUGUUUAGAAUAAGAGCAGAACACCCAGAUGAUAAUCAAGCCAUAUUGAAUGAUAGAGUGAAAGGUCAAUUAAAAGUCACCAGAGCAUUUGGUGCCGGAUUCCUGAAGAGGGGAGCAUGAUAACCAUAGUGAUUACGGCGUAUUUGAUGAGAACAUGGAAGGGAGCAUGAUAACCAUAGCAACUAUUUUCUGCAAUUCAGAUUUUCACUAGCAACACUUUCAGGUUUCUCUUAUACUUGAUGGUUGGCAUAUUUCCUUUUUGUUAAAUUACAGUUUAACUUCCUUGGUAAAGAUUCUAUCAAGUAUGAGAAUACAAUUGAGGUUGAGCUUCCUGUUUACGAUGCAAUUUUGAAGUUCCAAAAAGAUAAGCGCCCCGGGAUGAUCUUUUUGACAAGUUGGAUACAAGUAAAUUAAAUGCUCAUCUGAAGGAACUCAUGCCUGGCCUAACUGCAAAGGUCUUCCGUACAUUCAAUGCAUCUAUCACGUUGGAUGAUAUGUUGAAUAAGGAAACUAAAGAGGGUGAUGUUGUCGAAAAGAUUCUUGUUUAUCAACAUGCAAAUAAACAGGUUGCAAUCAUUUGUAAUCAUCAACGCAGUGUUUCAAAAUCUCACUUGUCACAAAUUGAAAAGUUAACAAACAAGAUUGGUGAGCUUCAGGAUGUUCUGAAGGAGCUAAAGACAGAUUUGGACAGAGCAAGGAAAGGAAGGUCCCCUCUAAAGGGUUCAGAUGGAAAGACAAAAAGGAACUUAGCCCCUGAAGCAUAAUAUACCUUUUCCGAAAUUCUUAAUGAUUGUUUUGAUUAGAUGUGAUGUAUAAUUUUGGUAAAUGUAAUGCACAGGCUAGAGAAAAGAUCUCUCAAACCAAUGCAAAGAUUGAGAAAAUGGAACGUGAUAUGAAGACAAAAGAAGAUCUGAAAACUGUGGCAUUGGGCACGUCCAAGAUAAACUAUCUUGACCCUAGGAUUACAGUUGCCUGGUGCAAACGGAAUGAGGUUCCCAUUGAAAAGGUUAUUGUAGAAGAGAUCAAGCACUCCCAAACUGCUCAUGUCACCAACUUGUGGAGGGACUUUUCCAGUGAAUUAAUUGUGGGAAAGAUCAAGUGCUUCUAAUUUCAACAGAUUCCCAAGAAAAGUUGGGAUUUCACUUGAGAGAUUGUUGUAUUUGAGGUCUAAAUUGAUCUGGAGAUUUUGGAGUUUUUCAAUUUCUGUUUUAGUAUGGAAAAUAACACAGCUUUUAGUAUAGUUGAUAGUUUUAGUAUGGUUGAAUAAUACAUUGAGGAUUAUAGUUGAUGUAUCAAUACAUUUUGUUUGUAUUUUGAAUUAUAUUGACUUGUUUGUUUAUUA